AUGCGCGUCUGCAUCCAUCCCUGGUUCACGGAUUGCACACUGCCGCAUGAGGUGGCCGCCGCGGAACAGACUGUGAAGGAUGGGUCACCGCAUAAGGUUAACUGGGCCGCCAUCAUCUGGGGUAUCAUCGAGAAGGAGAUUCACGAGCUGCCCGGGAGGGAUGAUGGGGUGUGCCAAUACGGGGCGUAUCUUCAGCGGCUCAUCCGGGUGCAGAAGCCGCUGCUGUUUGACCUGCCGCAGAAAGAGGAGGCAGGGAAGCUUGUUCAGAAGGUGUCUUUUGAUUUAGUUAAGGACGAGCGUGGUGGGGAUGCAGAUGCCAGGAACAAGGGCUUGCAGGAGUUGGAGCCUAUAGAUGCAGAUACGGAUGCGAGCAGCAAGAGCCCGAAGGAAUCAGAGUUAGAGGGUGUGAGUCUGACCAGCAAGAGCUUGGAUGAAUCGGGACCUGCAGAUGCUGAUGCUAGUGGUCAUGACUUGAAGGAGUUGGAGUCUGGGGAUGCGAGGAGCAACAUCUUGGAGGAAUCAGAGACAGCAGGUGUGGAUUUGAGGAGCAAUGACUUGAAUGAGUCUGGGAAUGCGAGGAGCAACAUCUUGGAGGAACCAGAGACAGAAGGUUCGGAUUUGAGGAACAAUGACUUAAAGAAGUCAGAUUCUGGGGAUGCAGGGAGCAAGAGCAUGGAUGAAUUGGCGGAUGUGGAUGCUAAUGCAUUGAGCAAGUCACUGGAUACAUCAGUGGUGGCGGAUGGGGAUGCAAAGGGCAUGAACUUGGAUGUCGAGAUGGAGUCCGGGGAUGCGGAUGCUAAUGCAGGGAGCAAGUCACUGGAUACAUCUAUUGUGAUGGAUGAGGAUGCUAAGGGCUUGGAUGUUGAGAUGGAGUCAGGGGAUGUUGGUGCUAAUGCAGGGAGCAAGUCACUGGAUACAUUGAAGGUGAUGGAUGAGGAUGCAAAGGGCUUGGAUGUUGAGAUGGAGUCGGUGGAUGCAGAUCCUAAUGCAGGGAGCAAGUCACCGGAUUCAUUGAAGGUUAUGGAUGAGGAUGCAAAGGGCUUGGAUGUCGAACUGGAGUCGCGGGCUAUGGAUCCUAAUGCAAGCAAUAAUUCGCCGGAUACAUUGAAGGUGGUGAAUGAGGAUGCAAAGGUCAUGAGCUUGGAUGUCGAAUUGGAGUCAGGGGAUGCAGAUGCUAAUGCAAGGAACAAGUCACCAGAUACAUCAAAGUUGGUGGAUGAGGAUGUAAAGGUGGACGUGGAUGCUAAUGCAAGCAGCAACAAACUGGAGACACCCAAUGUGGUGGAUGGGGACUUCAAACUGCUGUUGGGGUGUGUGGAUGGUAAUGCAAGCAGCAAUAGACUGGAGCCACCAAAUGUUGCUGAUGAGGAUGAUGAAUUGCAGUUGGGGGAUGUGGAGAGAUUGGAGACAUCGAAGGUGGCGGAUGAGGAUGUAAAGGGCAUGAGCUUGGAUCAAUCAAAGGCAGGGGAUGCCAUGGUGCUGGAGGAAGCUGUAGCUCGUACACAUGAAAUAAAUACUGUGAAUGGUGAGGUUUUGGCAGACUUUGCAUGGGAGGAAGAUGAAGACACAAUUGUGGGUGCAGCAGAGAAGGAUGCAUGCCCAUCGCCGGAUGUGGAACUGGUGACACAGGAGAAAGUGCUAGUAGUGCCAGAGGAGGAUGAGGAGGCAGAAGAGGAAGAAGAGAAGGAUGAGGCAGGGUGGAGCUCUGCCAAUGAUGACGAUGACAGUAUGGAUGUCGAAGAUCAUGUAUCUGUCCAAAAUCUGGAUAGUGAUAAUGAGGAGGUGGAGGAGUCAGAGCGUGAUGCAUUUGAGGGGUGUAGCGGUGGAGUGGAGAUGAACUGGGGUAUUGGGGAUGAGAAGGGGGGCGAGGGGACGACACAUUGUUUACAGCAAUGUGACUUUCCAGGGGUGGAGUUUGAGAAUUUGAAUAAAGGGAAUGUUGGGAUGAGGGAUGGUGUGAGCUUUGAUGAUGGAUUCAAAAUGGGCUCCUUGCAUGGGAUGGAGUCAAACCUCCUCCAGGCUAUGAACUCAGAUCCUGCGGCAUAUAAUGGCACGGAGAAUGCACAUGACCUGUCCUCUGGAAAUUUCUUGGCUAUGGGGGCUGAUGCACAUAAGAAUGGAGUGGACCUGGGGGCCGGCAAUUCAUUUUUCUUUGGCAAUAAUAAUGGGAAGAGGCAUGUUGAGGAUAUUGAUGAUGGGUACGAUGACCAGAUGCAAACACAACAGCAGUUUCUGCAGGGCAAUCAACAUAAGCGGAUGCGGAACUCCAGCAGUAGUGUACCACCUGGAUCAGCAUUCUUCAAUGCAAACUAUUCAGAACCCAUACAGAACUUAUUGGUCAAUGCCAGCAUGUUAUAUGAACAGAAAGACAGAGAGAUUCAAGAGGCGCUGUCACAGAAGCAAUUUAUGGCCAACUUGCUGCAGGAGAAGGAAGCACUUAUCCACUCACUAAACUCAGCCAGGUUUGAGCAAGAGAAUAAGUUGCAAGCAAAGCUUAGGUGCUUUGAGCAUGAUCUGAAUGUGAUGGGUCAGUUGGUCAGUGGGUAUAAGAGGGCUUUGAAACAGAGUCAUGCUUCUUUCAAUGAGUACAGGAAGAAGUUCCCUUCUAACAAGUUCCGUUAUCAUGAUGUUCCUAAUGGUGGCGGUCUUGUCCUUAGCGUCAGGGAGUUGGAGAGGAAACGGUGGGAGGAAGAGCAGCAGAAACGGUGGGAGGAAGAGCAGCAGAAACUUGCAGUAAAUGAGAUGAUUGAACGUUUCAAGCUUGAAUGGUUUUCAAAGCCUGAUGAUUGGGAACAUCGCAUCAACCUUUUGUGGAGGAAAACUGAAGGGCUGGCUCGGGAGCUUGAUCUUCUCAAGGAAAAAAGAAAAGCAAAGCUUGCAGCCCUUGCUAGGGAAGAAUGA